AUGGCGAAACCGGCGGCCGAAAGCCGGAGCAACCGAGCGGCGGUCCAGGCCACCAACGAUGACGCCUCCGCCAGCAAGCUGUCUUGCGUCAAGAAGGGAUACAUGAAAGAUGACUACAUCCAUUUGUUUGUUAAAAGGCCUGUAAGGAGAUCCCCCAUAAUUAAUCGUGGAUAUUUUGCUCGGUAUGCGGCACUUAGGAAACUUCUUUACAAGUUUCUUGACUGUGGGGAAAAUGUGGAUGAGAAAAGUAACAAGAAGCAAAUAUUGUCUCUUGGAGCUGGCUUCGAUACUACAUUUUUCCAACUGCAGGAUGAAGGGAAAGCACCUCAUCUUUAUGUGGAAUUAGAUUUCAAAGAGGUGACGAGCAAGAAAGCUGCUCUUGUAGAGAACUCAGUUCAGUUGAGGAGCAAGGUCGGUGAAGCUGCAUCAAUAUCACAAGAGAAAGGAGAAGUGCUAGGAGAUCACUACAAAAUCCUCCCUGUCGACCUGCGUGAUAUUAAGAAUCUUGAUGAUAUAAUUUCUUUGGCUGCCAUAGAUCCGAGUUUGCCGACUUUUAUUAUCGCAGAAUGUGUUCUUAUUUACUUAGAUCCUGAGUCAAACCGCGAUAUAGUUGGAUGGGCUUCUAGAACAUUUCCGACAGCUAUAUUUUUCUUAUAUGAGCAGAUCCAUCCUGAUGAUGCUUUCGGUCAACAAAUGUUAAGAAAUCUGGAGAUUCGGGGAUGUGCACUGUUAGGCAUCUAUGCUACUCCAACUUUACAUGCGAAGGAGAGGCUUUUUCUUGAUCAAGGAUGGCAGAGAGCUGUUGCAUGGGACAUGCUGAAAGUUUAUCGAACGUUUAUUGAAGCUGAAGAAAGACGAAGGAUUGAACGGCUGGAGUUGUUUGAUGAGUUUGAAGAGUGGUACAUGAUGCAGGAGCAUUAUUGUGUGACCUGUGCCAUCAAUGAUGCUCUGGGCCUGUUCGAAAAUUUUGGCUUUCCUAAAGAUGACUCGUGA